CAGUGAUAUGUGAUUAUUCCCCACGCAAUGCAACCAAACCGAAUAUUUUUCACCUGUUUCGACCGAACCGGUGACGGUUCACUGAGUCGGUCCGCUCCGACCAUCCGAUUCUAAAUUUAAUGCUAAUAAAUGGCCUUGCGUCGUCCAGCUCUCUCUGCAGACACCGAGCUCCGAAGUCGCCAUUAUUAGGCCUCCGAGCUCCCGAAGCACCGCGUUUUCUUCGAUCUCCGCGUGGAAACCGUAGUGCUCGCUGGAUCAAAACCGUAAGGCAUCUCAACAACCAUGAGGAUUCUCAUCUUUUCGAACCUGUUUUGUUGAAAUCUAGGGUUCCGUUUCGUUCCAAGUUGUCAAAUCCAUGGUUGUCCAGGGGUUUUUCUUGUAUGAUAUCUAACCCAGCGUUUAGGAAGAGGGGAAGCCAUGGAUAAUUCUAUGAUGAAUAGUGGCCUUCUCUCUGGAUCAUCCGCCGGGAUUCUGGACCUCGACCCCUCCGUCCACCACCGCCGCCAACCCCACCACCCCCUUCCUCACCUCCAACCAAUGCCCACCGCUGGCAUCGAUCCCGGCCACCCGAUGCCCCUCUUCGACCCUACUCCCUCCCUCGAUCCCCCGCCUCGCGGGAAGGGCAUCUACCCCUCCGCCAACAGCGAGAAUGACGACCAACUCCCCGCUGCCGCCGCCUCGGCCGAGGGGAACGGCCACGGCCAGCAGUCACUGGCCUCUGCCGGCGCCGGCCAGGGCAAAAAGGGCUCGCCUUGGCAGCGUAUGAAGUGGACCGACGAGGUGGUCCGGCUGUUGAUCCGGAUCGUGGCCUUCGUCGGGGAUGACUGCGCUUAUGAGGCUGUAGACGGGACGGCAGGUGCUGCGAAGAGGAAGCACGGGGCCGCCUUCCAGAAGAAAGGAAAAUGGAAGAUGGUAUCACUCCUGAUGCAAGAGAAUGGCGCCUAUGUUUCGCCCCAGCAGUGCGAGGAUAAGUUCAAUGACAUGAACAAAAGAUAUAAGAGGUUGCACGAUAUCCUUGGUCCUGGGGCCUCCUGCAAUGUCGUCCAUGAUCCUGCAAGCUUGGAGUCCAUGCCCAUUUCCCAAAAAGCAAAGAAUGAUGUCAAAAAGAUCUUAAGCUCGAAACAUCUUUUUUACCAGGAGAUGUGCGCGUACCACACUGGCCAGAGAAUACCCAAUUGUCCUGAUAUCAAUUUGCAGAGCUCUUUGCUAUCACAUGCCGCACCAUCGAAGGAUGGCAAUCAGUGUGUUGAUGGGGAGGAGGAGGAGGAGGAUGAGGAGGAGGAGGAGGAGGAUGACGACGACAGUGGUGGGAACGAAGAAGAAGGGAGCGAAGAGGUCGGAAGGGGGCGCUUUGAGGGGUUCCUUGCUGAGAUAGAUGCAGUCCUUCAAGACCCGACAAGGCCGCCGUUGGAGCGGCGAGAGUGGUUAAAGAUGCGGGCAUUGCAGCUCGAGGAGGAGAGAUUGGACAUCGAGACCGAAGCUCUCGCGAUAGAGAGGCAGAGGUUCAAGUGGCAGCGGUUCAGCAGCAAGAAGGAUAGGGAGAUCGAGAGGUCAAGGUUGGAGAAUGAAAGACUGAUGCUUGAGAAUGAACAGUUGAUGAUUCAGGUGAGGAAGGAGGAGUUGGAGCUGGAUUUCAGGAGAUCAGGAGACCCAUUAGAGUCUGCUGGUUUUCGGAUGGAGGAAGAGCGAGGACGAGAGCAGAUGGAGCCCGGAAGGGUCCACUAAGAUUUUGUCUGUGUGACCAACCAUUGGAGCUUCUAAAGCGUUGGUUGUCACCUUUGUUGUUCAGGUUUCUUCUGUACAGCUGGGGAGGUAUUAUUAAGUAGGCCAUACUUGAUCUGUCUUUCUUCGAAUUCACCAGUAAAUUGGUUCAAUUUCUUUCGAUAUUAAGUUAACUCGAGAUGAUCAUAUUUUAUGAUAUGUUAAACAAGGAAGCUUGUGUUCUCUGUGUUUGCAUAAGGCUCAUGGUGUUUGCAUGGACAUGGACGGGAGAAUCAUAUUUGGCAUGUGUCAUACUUGGCAGGAGGAAGACAAAUGAAGUACUGGGACACAUAGGAAAAAAACAACUAAAUUAUAUACGUGUAAAUUUUCUAAAUAUUUUAUAGUGGAAAAGUGAAAAGAUGCUGCAUGCUACAGUGUUUCAAUAAACAUGUUUGUCAUAUAAUUUCAAAACUUAGUCCAAUGUUUCAAGAACCAUGACAUUGUGCAUUAUUAUUUGAAUACCUCCACACUGAUCUCUAAAAACGGUAAUGGUGGCAUACACUUAUUGUUGGAGGAAUCCUACUCUACACCAACUUGUAAAGUUGCAAGCGAAGAAAUUGUUCACACCCAAGUGUUUUAAUGUGGAUCCAGUUUGCUGAUACAUUUCCGGCAAGGAGUCUUCGAGCUGGAUAUGAGAGUCUAAAUUACACAGGCUGAGUUAUUGCUUUGGCUCACAUUAUGCAGUAUGACUAUAUUGUUUUUAUGCAGCCUUGGGACAAUGAUUUUUUCAUGUACUUUUCAAUAUUUAAAGAAUGUUUGAAAAUGCUAACUUGCUAUUUUCUGGAUGAGGGAAUAUAUCUUUAUCCAUCCAGUAUGUUCCAUUUGUGUCUGCGGCAAGACUACAACCUUUCUGAUAUCUGUCUUUUAGUGUAUUUGUGUGACCCAAGCAAGGUAUGUCACCUUUUGCUUCCAAUUAUUACCACUUACCAGUGGCAUGCUAUUGGUAUGCUACAAAUUUGUUUCUUUCUGUUCAUGUUUACCAGAUGGGAUAAAUGAAAGUUCAUAGGUUGAUUUUUGUCAGCCUGUAUAUGUUUUCCAUAAUAGUUACAGAAACUAAUUUUAUUGGCUCUUUUCCUUCUUUUGGAGAUCAUGCUGCACAAGCAAAAUAUUAGAUGGUCGCUGACUCUCAUAAUAGAGUAUUAGAUGUUGAAGUUGCAAAAGAUAUGAUGGGAAUGUGAGCUGAAUCAUCAAACUGGAUACAAACUUUAUGGUUUUUUCUGAUCUAUAAAAUAACUUAGCUAUAUAUUGUGAGCUUAAGCAAAUUUUUCUGGGGAUGAGUACUAAAACAAGGCCUUAUGGAAUGUUGGAGGAAAGAAACCUUGAAAUGGGGAAGAAUUGUAUAUUCCAGAAAAAAGCAUGGAUGUGUUGGUCUCUGGUGUUAACAUUUAUGAUCUUAGCUCAAGGGAUCUUGCGGUCUUAGAUAACCAACAUGGGUGGUAAAGAUCAAAGAACUAACUGCCAUUUUAGCAUCAAUAAAAACCUGUGAAUGUUUUCUAAUUUUGUUGAUAGGAAACUUAGAAGUGCAAGUAGGUUGGCAUGGACUCGAUUGUAUACGGAAAUGCACAUAGGAGUAUGUCUGUUGGGUAAUUGUUUCAUAAACUGAAGGAUGGUCCCAAAUCAGAUCUUAAAUUCAGAAAAAUCGUAGGCUUGGAAUGCCCUUAAGUUUUCGUUGUUUUAAGUUGUAGGGAUGCAGCAAAUUCUAACCAUGCAUGAUAAAAUGCUUUUGCUGGGUGGGGAGGAGAGAGGUGGCGAGUUAGGUAUCAUACAGUCGUGAUGGUUUUGGCUGGUCUGAAAGAAAAUGGGAAACUUAAAGCAAAGUUUCAGCAUAGUCUGGUUUGAGAUUCAGGUUUUUCGUCAAAAAUGUUGGGGGAAACUUAAAGAAAAAGACUUGAAACAAAAAAAAAGAAAAAAGAAAAAGUUAUGACACACCAUACUGGAGUAUAUUGCGUUAUAUAAUAUUUUUCUCUAUUUAGUUUUGAUAAUUUUACGCCGAAAGCAGUAUAUAUUAAGAUGCGUGAAAAAUCAUGGUAAUUGUCGACACAAAGGUUCCAUAUGGCUGCAGGUUUGGGUUCAUAUCAUGGCAUUGUCCUUCCUGCAGACCUAGUCUGGAAACCAGAUUAGCAAUUCCUUUCUUCUUCUUUUUCUUUUUUUUUUUUGCGCUAUCCUUGUUGAGUUGAGAGGAUGAGUAGAGAGAAAAUUUAGCAUCUCUGGAUAAAAAUGUUGCUGGAUGCUCUUACAAAUGAUUAGUUUUGGAUCCCUCGCUAUGCUAGGUAAAGGAUUCUGUGCACUUUCAUAUCAUCAGUGAAACCAACCUUAAGUUCCAAUUACCGAGCAGACUUGUAGAUAGAUCUUUGCGAUACAUUUUUUUUUUAACCUUUUGUUUUGUCCAUUGAGCUCUCCAAAUUGCACCAUGAAUAGGAAAGCAAUCAAACUAUUGAACCUAGUUGCUGCACAAGAUCGAAACCUUUGAGUAGAUUGUUAUCAUGGGGCAGAUCCUAUGUACUACUACUUGGGCAUCAAUAUUGAUUGAAAUGCAUGAGGUGCUGGAGAGAAGUGGAGAUUUUUAACCGAUUUGAAUGUCUCAGUCUGGUCUAUAAAGACCCUGCUCUUUUUACCAAUGUCUGAUUCCGAUUCUUGGGGAUCUUUGGCCAUUGGCAAUUGAUAGAAAGCUUAAAUUGAUGUGGGGUUCCAACAAGUCAUGCAAUUUUAUCCAAAGCUUGGAACAGAAGGGUGUUCAAUAAUUAGACUGAAACUUUGGAUGAGGUCUGGUAUUCUUUUAGAUGUUCUUAUUCUCCUUGUCCCAAGGGGCCUUACUUAUUUUGGGAGACAUUUUCCUGAAGAGUUAUUAUUUGAAUGCUUUUAUAUCAUUCUCUUACCUACUCAUCAACUUGUUGAGGGUUAAGGAGUGAUCCAUAUGUUUCCUCCUUUUCUUCUGUUUCAUUUAUUAUAUUUUUUGGCUGCUUCUGGUAGAGCGAUUGAUACUUCUUUCAAGUAUAGAAGAUAAUUAGUUUAUCAUAUUGAGAAGCACAAAAGUAGUUAUAUGGUGCCCACAUUUCUACUCUUGCAAGUAAUUAAAUACAUGUAAGAAUAUAAACGAGAACUAAUUGGAAAGAAAGCGUGGUUAUCUAUAUGCAUUCAUGAUCAAUUUAUUUUAUUCAUAUCCCUUCUGCAGGCUUAUUUUCCAUAAAAUAAUAUAUUUUCAUGAGUGGAUCACCUUUGUAAUUAUUCAAGUGAAAAGCAAAUUUAACACUCCUAUUAUUUAUUGUAGCUGCAAAUAGAUAGUGAAUGUUUGGCAAGCUUUGUCAGUUCUGCUGCAUAAAUUGAUAUAUAAACUUCUGAGUUCAUGCAUAUUAGGGUAUGUGCACACGCCUAGGUCCAUUCAUCAAGGUAGCCGCUGAUCUGUGCCCUUUUUUUGUUUAUGUCAAAUAUAUAAAAGUUGUUAAACUUUCACAACAGUAGCUGCAGUUUUCCAUUAUCUAUAAGAUUUGAUCUGUGCUGCUGCCAUUGCUACUUAAGUAUAAUUAGGUUUUCUAUGUCAGCAUCCAUUGGUACACCAUUUUAUCAUAACCAGCAACAAGAAAUGUCUUUAAAAAAAUUUAAUGAGUUUGCUUGGUGUACCUAACAUGUCUAACAGAUGCAUCUCAGUGAGGUACCCGAUGGUCAUAUAUACUUAGUCGAAACAAACUGGAAUUUUCGGCCCUGAAACAGGCAAUUGUUUGUUUCCUUCCAUUUUGCAAGAGACACAUCUUCACUGCUGAACCUAUGGUGGGAAAGCAGUAAAAUAUCAAGCCCCGAAACCUGGCAAGCAGCUGGAGAUCAGCUAUUCUCAAAGGGGAACUUCUACUACUCUAUAGGCCAUUCGCAUAAGUUUCUUCUUCUUCAGGCCUUCUGUGAACCUACUGCUGUAGUUUUUUCUGGUUUCCAUUAAGACAUUCCUUGAUUUCCAACUUCUGGUUCAAGUGAACAGCUUGAGCAGAGGCUAGUUGAAUUUCUUGCUGUUAGUUCAGUGUCAAUUGUCGAUUGAAGGACUAAAAGAGAGGAUGUUUGUAUUUAAUUUAUGUGAUAGGCAUUCUUUUCUGUACAAAGUAUGCUGACACCUACUGAUGUUCACAAUGACGGGAUGGUCUUGAGGAAUAGUUCGCAGGAGAAAACAUUCAGAACUUGGGAAAGAACGCAGAAGUCACCUAAAGAACAGAAGUAACACAUUUGAUAAAAAAUAAGAAAGAAA